CAGCGCCCCCGGGAAGCGCAGGAGGAAGCAGGGACGAGUGGAGGUGCCGCAGGCUGAGUCGCGGCCGGGAUGUCCGGGCAGCCGCCGCCGCCACCGCCGCAACAGCAGCCGCCGCCGCCGCCGCCCGCCGCCGGGGCCCCGGGCUCCGGAGUCGCCCUGCCCGCGCCCGCGGCCGCCAGCGCCGGCUCCUCUCCGGCCGGCUCGCCCGGCGGAGGCUUGGGGGCCGCGGCGGCCGCCCUGCUGCUCCACCCGCCGCCGCCGCCGCCGCCGCCCCCGGCCACCGCCGCGCCGCCGCCCCCCGCCUCGGCGGCCGCCCCCGCCAGCGCGCCGCCCGGCCUGGCCGCGGGCCCCGGCUCGGCCGCAGGCGUCCCGGCCCCGGGCCUGGCGGCGGGCAGUAGCAGCGCCGCGGCCCCCUUCCCGCACGGCGACUCGGCCCUCAACGAGCAGGAGAAGGAACUGCAGCGGCGGCUGAAGCGCCUCUACCCGGCCGUGGACGAGCAGGAGACGCCGCUGCCCCGGUCCUGGAGCCCGAAGGACAAGUUCAGCUACAUCGGCCUCUCGCAGAACAACCUGCGGGUGCACUACAAAGGUCAUGGGAAAACCCCCAAAGACGCAGCAUCUGUCCGAGCCACGCAUCCCAUACCAGCAGCCUGCGGGAUUUAUUAUUUUGAAGUAAAAAUUGUCAGUAAGGGAAGAGAUGGCUACAUGGGAAUUGGUCUUUCUGCUCAAGGUGUGAACAUGAAUAGACUACCAGGUUGGGAUAAACAUUCAUAUGGUUACCAUGGGGAUGAUGGACAUUCGUUUUGUUCUUCUGGAACUGGACAACCGUAUGGACCAACUUUUACAACUGGUGAUGUCAUUGGCUGUUGUGUUAAUCUUAUCAACAAUACCUGCUUUUACACGAAGAAUGGACAUAGUUUAGGUAUUGCUUUCACCGACUUACCGCCAAAUUUGUAUCCUACUGUGGGGCUUCAGACACCAGGAGAAGUGGUUGAUGCCAAUUUUGGGCAACAUCCUUUUGUAUUUGAUAUAGAAGACUACAUGCGAGAAUGGAGAACCAAAAUACAGGCCCAGAUAGACCGGUUUCCUAUUGGGGAUCGAGAAGGAGAAUGGCAGACCAUGAUACAAAAAAUGGUUUCAUCUUAUUUAGUCCACCAUGGGUACUGUGCCACAGCAGAGGCCUUUGCCAGAUCUACAGACCAGACUGUUCUAGAAGAAUUAGCUUCCAUUAAGAAUAGACAAAGAAUUCAGAAGUUGGUGUUAGCAGGACGAAUGGGAGAAGCCAUUGAAACAACACAACAGUUAUACCCAAGUUUACUUGAAAGAAAUCCCAAUCUCCUUUUCACACUGAAAGUACGUCAAUUUAUAGAAAUGGUGAAUGGUACAGAUAGUGAAGUGCGGUGUUUGGGAGGCCGAAGUCCAAAAUCUCAAGACAGUUACCCCGUCAGUCCUCGGCCUUUUAGUAGUCCAAGCAUGAGUCCCAGCCACGGAAUGAGUAUCCACAGUUUAGCACCCGGCAAAAGCAGUAGUGCACAUUUUUCUGGUUUUGAAAGUUGUAGCAAUGGUGUAAUAUCAAAUAAAGCACAUCAAUCAUAUUGCCAUAGUAAACACCAGUUAUCCAGUUUGAAUGUACCAGAGCUAAACAGUAUCAAUGUGUCAAGGUCACAGCAAGUUAAUAACUUCACCAGUAAUGACGUAGACAUGGAAACAGAUCACUACUCCAAUGGAGUUGGAGAAACUUCAUCCAAUGGUUUCCUAAAUGGUAGCUCUAAACAUGACCACGAAAUGGAAGAUUGUGACACCGAAAUGGAAGUUGACUCCAGUCAAUUAAGACGCCAGCUGUGUGGAGGAAGUCAGGCUGCCAUAGAAAGAAUGAUCCACUUUGGCCGAGAGCUACAAGCCAUGAGUGAGCAGCUGAGGAGAGAAUGUGGCAAGAACACGGCAAAUAAAAAAAUGCUGAAGGACGCAUUCAGUUUACUAGCAUAUUCAGAUCCUUGGAACAGUCCAGUUGGAAAUCAACUUGAUCCAAUUCAGAGAGAACCUGUGUGCUCAGCUCUUAACAGUGCAAUAUUAGAAACCCACAAUCUGCCAAAGCAGCCUCCACUUGCCCUAGCAAUGGGACAGGCCACACAAUGUCUAGGACUGAUGGCUCGAUCAGGAAUUGGCUCCUGUGCUUUCGCCACAGUGGAAGACUACCUACAUUAGCUAUGCACCUCAAGAGCUCACACUUACAUUGUGGCAAAUAGUCAACAUGGAAGUAGACCGGCUCUGCUGAUUUGAAAUUUAGAUUUUUUAAUUAUGUACUGGGGACAGGUUUUUGUCGCUUUACAUUGCUUCCUAGUUUACAGCAUGAUGCAAAUGAUUUUCUAACUUAGUGUUAGGAGAAAAUAUUUUCCAUCUUUUAACCUCUUAGUUGUCUAAGAGUUAAAUAUUACUGAAUUUCAGACGUUCAAAUUGAUCAUCAGAAAUCCUUUAAAACAAUUACCUAAAAGAAACCAAAAAUCCUGCCUUCUUUGUUGGGGGGAGAAGGGGGGAGGAAGUGGAACAAGUUGUGUUUGUGUUAGCAUGUGGGUGAUGUAAACUACAAAUUGGGAGCUGUUCCGACCCCCUGCUCCUGUGUAAGCAUUCAAUCAGUGUAACUUGCAAAAUGCAUAAACAUCCGACAGUUUGAAUUUAAUAGUGUUGAUGGAAGAAAUCAUUUUUAAUGUGUACUGUAAAACUUGAAAUACUCAGGAGCUGAGUGAGUACGUUUGUUGCUACUUACAAUCCCGACCUGUUAGUCCCAGUAGUUUUGUUUUAACAUGGUCUUUUUCAACUUUGUUUCCUGUUUAACUACAGAUGACUUCUGUUGUAGACUCACAAGUUUAACUGUUGUAUUAUAACAGUAUUACAUGUCAACGGUGUGGUUAUGACCUUUAUUUAUAUAAAAACCAAAUAUUUAGUCAAUUUACCGUGUCUUAAUUUAAUCUUUGUACACCUUCCAUUUUUAAGUGCUUAAAUGAGUACUAUAUUGCAAUAAAAAUGUAGUGAUAUAAUUAACCAGCCAUUAAAAAUUUACUUCUCCAGA